UACAAGAGUUACACGUUAUGAUUAGCUUGGAGAACGAGGAGGAGGAGGAGGAUUACUUAUCAGAGAAAAAACAGUUCUAUAAGAAGGAUUCUGUUUGCUCUUUAAGCAGUAUUACUACCCUGUUACCCUCCGGACUUAUUGAUUCGGGCAACUUUCAUCAUCAAUCUAACAUUAAAAGAAAAGAAUCCAACGCGAGCACGAUAACAACCCUUGCAAAAACCUUUAUAGAUGACGACAUAGUGUACUUCAGUCCUAGCCAGCAAUCUCAAAACACUGGGAAUUAUGCAUCUGUUAUUUCCUUUAACAUGCCUUGUCAGCAUACUUAUUACAAAGAACACAGGUGGACCAGGAACGGAAGGAAACAUCUUGAGUUCCACACACCAAACAGUAAAGUUCCCCCAAACAUGGCUCAGAUAUCCAUAGCUCUGGAGUUUAUUGAGGAAACGUUCGACAACGGCGGCAAGACGUUUAUAAGGAGCUACAGUAAAGCCUGCAGAAGUGCAGUUCUGAUGGCAUGUUAUUUGAUGAGCAAUCACAGUUUCUCUGUUAAACAGGCAUUGCAAAACCUGAGAGAGAUUCAGCCCAACCUCAGUUUCUCAGAACUACAACUGGAAUGUCUUAAGAAUUUCAGUGUGAUGUUGUUGAGGGAAUAUGAUGAUGAUGCUAUUGAUGCAUUUUUUAUUUGAACUUUUUAGUGCCUUCUUAUCUUCAGACGAGAGGAGGGUUUUUGUCGACUGGUCUUUGGAGUGAUGACUGUUAAUGCGGUUCAUACUGCCCCUAGAGUGCCACAAUUAUGAUAUUUAAUGAGUUAAUUGAACUGGUAUAACCUAAAUAAAUAAUUAAAUAAUAAAUCCAGCUAUUGUUUUGACAAUACUUAUUAACAGAUAAUGCGAAUACAACGUAUCCGCCAAAAUGUUUUAAUCCAUACAACCAUCCGAAUUUCCAGCUGGAAGCAGGACUUUGAUUAAACAAUUGAGCUUUUAAAGGGAAUUUUGACUUGUUUUCCGUUUAUAACGGCAAUUGAUAGAAGUAUUACUGUUAGUGGAUUUUUGUCUUUUUAUCAAACGUUUUAAAUUGAAUUAAUUUAUAUCUUUAAAUCUGUUUAGCUUUAGGUAUAUCAAAAUUUAUAUGUCAGUAAUAGUAGAAGUAUUGUUUUUAUCUUAAAGU